AUGCCCACGAUUAUAGCCCUCGAUGUGUCGCUUUCGAUGACGCGUCCGAUUCCGAACUCGUCCACGGGCGGCACGGCCGUGGUGCCAGAAAAUACGCUAACCUAUCAUCAAGUGGCCAUGCAGGGCAUCAACAGCAUUCUGGACUACCUCUCGAAGCACGCUCGGUUGGAAUUUGUUUCGUUGAUCGUGUACUCUUCACUGUACGAAAUGGUGGUGGACUUUACGCGCGAUUACGACACGAUCCGGGCGGCCCUCCACAAGAUCGAGCACUACGACAAGACCAGCCUCGAAAGUGUGCUGGUGGCGGUCAACAACGCAUUCCGGACGCAGUGGGGCAGCGAGAACUAUUGCCAGCUCAUCUGCAUCACCGACUGUGGAGUUGGAAUGGGACCGAGUUCGCUAAAGAACACUAUCAUCAAUAUCCAAAACUGGAAAGCUCAGUGUGGCGGUGCUGGGACAGCUUUGCCGGCUAGUGUGGUGGACACGAACGGCACCACCGAUAGCGGCAAGGGUGGAACGGCACCGCAACCACCCGACAACCUGUGGGUCGGCUUUGCGUACCCGUGCAAGCUCAGUUUCAUGUGCCUCGGAAGUUUGGCAACAGACUCUGCGUUCCGGUACGGCACUAAGCUCUACCAGCAGCUACUGGAUGUGAGUGGCCAACGAGGGCAACUGUUUUUCCCGCGUGUCAAACACGACGAGUCGCUCGAUGAGUCCGCCCUCGGCGACGCAACGUCGGAACAGGCCUCCGUAGGCUGUGACGACGCUGGCGGAACAUCGCAUCAGCAGCAGCAACAGCAACAGCGUCAGAUAAUGACCCGCACGUCGGUGUUGGAAAUGUUUGACGCAAUGUGCGACACCAACUACCGGGCGUUCGAUGCGACCCUGCGGUGCGGUAGCUACUUCCGGCUCGAGGGACCAAUCGUGGUGUGGCCCGCACCCCUACCAUACACGGCCCGCGAUGUGCUGGGCAGUGAAACGACGAAGCUAAUGUCGCGCCACCUGGAAGUGUGCGGUUUCUUGGCCCUGGCGGAUAUCGGAUCACCAAUGUCCAUCAGCCGGCACCUGAUUUUACCACGCCACGCAACCGUUACGUCCUCGGCCACGGACGAUGGAACUAAACAGGGAACCGCGAAACUGCCGGGUGGUAAGAACGGCCAUCAGCACCACCCACACGGCAGCCUAUCAACUGCCGAGGAGCGUCUGGAGACGGACAUUAAAGCGUUCUACGGCAAGUCGGAAAGUGGUGCCCUGUCGGGUGAUCAUCAUCAUCACGGCCACCACGAUCAUGCCGAUGAGGGCGCGACAGCGGACGUGAACAAAGAAUCCGUCUGCGUGCUGUUACACGGUGCUCUGAAGGUGGAGAACAUGGCCGCCCUGGUGCUGCUCGGUGACGGGUGGUACGGGUUCAUCUACUCGUAUGCGGAUGGGAAGAAAAAAUCGAACCUGAUGCUGAACGUGCUGCCCCCCGGUAACGACGUGGUGCCGUGGCUCGGUGACCUACGGUAUCUCGGCACGCUCGAGGAUGCGUUUCCGGGUGAGAAUCCCUCGUUCCCGAUCAAGGUGGACAAGCGGAGCUACUCGCAAAACAUUGUGGUGUGGAUCCGUCAAGCUGGCCUCCAGUCCGACAUCCAGAAGGUGCUGCGGCACGCCAAAAAGCUGCCGGAGAAAACGCAACACUUCUACAAGGAGCUAAACCGUAUCCGGCGGGCUGCCCUGUCGCUCGGGUUCGUCGAGCUACUCGAGGGGCUGGCGCACAUCUUCGAGCGCGAAAUCAACACGCUACCAAUGAGCGCUUCACCUGACUGUGCCCUCCAGCUGGCCCACGCAUCGAUCGAGCUACGCAAGCAGUCGAACCGGGACCCAAAAACCAUCAUCCACGCCGUGCCCACGCAGUACAAUCAGCUAGGAUAG